AUGACUUCCAUCCCACCAUCUCCAGAACAUCCACAGGGAGACGAGGAAUUGAAAGAAUUACCUGAAGGACAAUUUGAUAUUGAUUUAAAUCCCGGUAUUUCUAGUGAUGAGGAUGAUGAAAGUAUUGAUAAUAAUAAAUCCGGUGAUAUAUCACAAGCAAAUGAUGAGGCACAUGUAAAUAAUGAAUAUGAAACUGAUAAUUUUGAUGUAGGAGAUGUUCCUACUAUUACAUCAUCAUUUGAUGAAGAAUAUGAUAAUGUUAAGGUAGAAUUGGAUUCUCAUCAACCAAUCUCAUUAUCUCAACAAAGUAAAUUUGUUAAUUAUAUAGAUGAAGAGUUAUUGAAACUUCAGAGGAAAUUCGUUAAGACACAAUCAGGAGAGAUUAGAUUCAAUCUAAACCAAUUGAUCAAUGAAUUAGAUCAAAACUUGAAGUUAAUAUGGAGAUCAAUAUCAAUAGCAUCUCAUAAUAAUAUUGAAUAUUUCAUUAAAAUCUUAAAUGACAUGGAAGAUUAUUUUGAGUUUUAUCCUCAAUUUACUUCAGAUUCAGGAAUAUUCAAGACCAUUCAGUUCAUUGAUGUAAGAAUCGCUUUGUUGCAUGAUAAGAAAUUGUUACAACCAACUCAAUUUGUGAGAAUCUUAUCCAUAAUUUCCAGAUUAAGAAUGAUGGUAAUUUCUAAAAUUUACCGUAAUGAUGACGUUACUAUUGAAAUAGAGAUAUCGAAAAUCUUUGAAGGUAUCUUAGACAGAUCAUAA